AUGGGAGACGCUCAGUCUGCGCCACGGGAGGCCAAAAGCGAUGCAGCAGCGGCGGAGGAGGAAGGGGAGGAAGAGGAGAGCGGAAAAGUGAAGGAUGUGGAAACCGGGCAGGACAUCGACAAGGUUCUCAAAAACAAUGGGCAGAUCUCUGACGUCAACAAAAAUGCAGAGAGCUCAAUAGUAGAACUGAAUGGUCACUGUGAGGAUGAGCUUGCCAUAGAAGCUGCCAUUUGUCCAGACAUAGAUGCACCAGAGCCUCUAAGAGAACACGAGACACCCUUAGAAAAUGAUGAAAUUAAUCUAAAGGAAGUGACCAAAGAAACUGAAGAUGGUCAGGUUGGACACGAUGACGUGAUCGAAAUGGAUGCCAAGCAGAACGACAUCAAUGAAAGUUUCAGACGGUUUUUCAGCGACAUUGGCCUGAAACUGACAGUAAAGAGAGGCUCCACUGACAAAGGCGCUGUACCAAAAGAAGAGGAACCGAGCAAACCAGAAGACGUUAAACCUGAACAUACCGCAAAGGAGAUAAUUGAGGAGGCUCAAGAAAAAGCAGAUCUUAACACAGCAGAAGAGGCUGUGGAAAAUGAUUCUACAGUGUGCCAGAUGCUGACAGACGCUCCACAUGAUGAUUUUCAGGUAAAAGAAGAAGUGAAAACAACAGAACCCAAGGAGGAAAUCACAUCUGAUGAUGCAGGAACGUUGCCACCCCUCAGUGAGGAUGCAACACGGCAAGAAGAACCCCGCCGAGAAUCCACAGCCAGUCUUGAUGAAACUGCAAGCCCGUUUAAAAAGUUUUUUACAACUGGCCUCUUUUCCGGUCUUCGAAAGAAGAAGAGGAUGGAAGAUGAAGAGGUAGGUGAGAAAGAACUGGUGGAAGGGGAAGAACAUGUGACCCAGGCCGCACACGAUAAGCAACAUGAUGAAGACGUUUCUCCAGGGGUUCAAACUGAGAAAGAGCUUGAUGAAGUGAAAACUAAAGAGGAAAACCUGACCGCCAAAUCAGCCCAGGAGGAAGCUAAAGCUCCAACUAUUGUUGUAAAUGAAAUCACAAACUCUCAGGAAAUUGCUCAAGAAAGUCCCCUCAAAAGGCUUUUGUCAGGCUCUAGCUUCAAGAAACUCAGCAAAAAACAAAAAGGAAGAAAAUCCAGUGAUGCGAAGCUGUCCGACUCUGGAGAACACAUUUCGGAUCAGCUUCUGUCAUCUGCAGAGUCUGCCGAAAAUAAGAAAGCGGAAACUCCUGGCCAGACGUCUGCCGAAGCAGCGGCUGGGGAAGACGGGGCUUGGUUUUCCUUCAAAAAACUGGUGACUCCCCAAAAGAAAAAGAAGUCCUCUGUGGACCAUGAAGAGGGCCCAAUCCCUGGUUCAAGAGAUGGAGCAAAAUCGGUCGAAGGAGAGCAAAUAUCAGAUCACAGCACGGAGGAAGGGAAAAGGAGAAAAGAUUCGUCCGUGUCAUGGGAAGCUGUGUUGUGUGGAUCUGGAAGGAGGAGAAGCCGGAAAACCUCAGACUCCGAGGAUGAGACACCUCAAGUGGAAAGUGAAGAUAGCAAGCAAAACGGUGGGUCUAAACAAGCACCACUGGGAGCUUCUACUGAGAUGCAGGAGGUUCUGGCUUCAGCACCCAAACAGACAGGAGGUCCUCCAGAGGGAGAGGAAGGCUCAACAUGGAGAUCAUUUAAAAAGCUUGUCACUCCCAAAAGAAAAAUGAAGGAUGAGGAGGAAAGCAACAGCGACGUUGGUCAAGAUGAUUCUGCCUUUUCCAUAAAGAGACUCCUGUCAGGAAGAAAAACAAGGAAGUCUGUUGAUGUUUCUGCUGAUGAGGUUAGCAAAGAUGUAACAAGCAUCUCCGACGAGGACUCCGAGACACCUGCCGUGGUUCCACUGUCUGAAUUUGACUUAACUGAAACGGAAACAGAUGUAGAUAAAGAAAGUUGUACAGCAAAUGACGUCACUGAGACCAAAGAGGAAGUCCAGUCUCAAGAUACUGUGCCCGCUGAGGCAAGAGAGAUCCCAGACCAUGAAGGAGCUUUAGAAAAGGAGGCUUCAUCAGCCGCUGCUACAACCCAAGAACCAGAUGAGCUCACAGAAUCAAGCGAGCAUCAACAGCUCAGUGAUAUCCCAGAAGAGGGGUUCCUUACGGAGACCACCCCCGCCUCAGUCAUGGAGGAGGCGGUGAAAGAUGAAACCAUAGCGGAGGACCUGUUGGAGAUCACAUCUGAGGCCAUGACUGCUCCGGAGCCAGCGGACGUUACCCUGGCAGACGACACAGAGAUGGUCUCCGCAGUUUCCCGGUUAUCAGAGUCUUCGAAAACAUCCGGCAACACAACCCCUGUCCCAGCAGAAUACGACGUCAUGGACGCAGAGUCUCUCCUGCAGCAGGUUUCCGAGACUAUCUCCGUAAGCCCGAAGGCAGUUCCAGUGUGUUUGGAGGAACCGAGCCCUGAAAGAGUUGUCGGUUCAGUCCUGCAUCAAAUACUUGAACCACCUGUGUUAGACCAGCCCAAAAUACUGGAACUACACAGAGGAUCAGAAGCAACAUGCAUAAAAACAGGCCUGCAUGCUGAAGGAAUUGAUGCAGUGAAUGAAGCCGCAGCAGUGCAAGCAGAGAGCAUGUCUCAUCUCAAUGAAGCUAUUUUGACAGAAAUGGCUUCAGAGGUUCCUAAAGAGGAGCUUGACACUGCUGAGCCUGCUGCGGAUGAAGUUUGUGAGCUAAACCUUUCAGAGUUACAAAAAGAGAUGAAAGCUUUGCUCAUUCCGGCAGAGGAGCAACAUGUAGUCGAAGAUGCAGGGGCUGCAGAUGCAGUGGCGUCAAGAGAGAGUUCACCUGAAGAAGAAGAAGAAGAAGAAGUUGCUGCAACUGAAGAAGUUUUGACUGAUCAAGCUGAAAAUGACAGAAGAAAAGCACACUCUGGGGGAGAACAAUUUGCUGUUACAUCUGGAGAUGACACAGAGAAAGCAGGUGGGAGGGAGGAGGUAGACCAAACUGUGACAGGAGAGGACACGGAAACCAAAGACGAGGCCUUUGAGCGCGCCCAAAAUGAGGCUCCAUCUCCUGCUGAAGUGGACGAGCUGGAGGAACUGGGUAGAGCAGAAACAGCGGAGCUGGCCAAGGGAGAGAGUGAUAUCCAGUCACAUGAGGAAAGACCCGAGGAAAAUAUUUGGCUAAGUGAAACACCAUCACAGGAUCUUAUUGAAGGAACCAAUGAAAACAACCAAAUAGCUGAAGCUCAAACGUACCAAAGUCUGGCAACAGAGCUGGAAAAAGACAUGGUUCAGACACUCGACACAGAAGUAUCAGUUUUAGAAAACAUUUCAACAGCUGAAACAGAUACAGAUGAGCCAAAACUGGUAGAGUCUCUACCUGAGGGGAUUGGGGAGGCAGAUGAGAAAGAGCCACAGAAUUAUCAGUCUGAAGUUAUAGGAAUAUCAGAAAGUGUUCAAGCACAAACAUUAGAGCCAGAAGAUGCAGCCAAAUCCCCUGAUGAGGAAUUAUCAUUGUCAGGUGAAACCAAACAGGUGGAGUCUCUGACUGAAGAAACCAAGGAGGAGGAGGAGGAGGAGGAGGAGAAGGAGGAGGAGGAAGAGAAAGAAACAGCUGCAGCGCAGAUCGACGGCUCUGAAGUUACAGGAUUAUUAGAAACUCAGUUGGAGGAGAAUGCUGUCCAGUCCCUUCAUAAACAAGUAUCAUUGCCAGAUAUUUCACCAGCUCAAAAAUAUACAGAGGAGUCCAAACUGCUGGAGUCUCUCACCGAAGUCAGAGAUGAGCAAGACGUUAAAGUACCAGAUCUAGAAGAAGCCCAAAUCUCUCAGUCAGAAGUUACAGAAGAAGUUAAAAGUGUUCAAGCGCCAACAUUAGAGUCACAAAGGGAUGCUGUGCUGUCCCUUGAUAAGGAAGUAUUGUUGGAAGAUAUUUCACCAGCUGAAACAGAAGAAUCCAAACAAGUAGAGUCUCCCACCAAACUCACCGAAGAGCUAGAAGACGAGACAAAAACCGAUUCAGCUCAAAGUGACAAUGCUGAACUUGGUGAAGAAUUAAAAUCUAUACAAACACCAACAGCAAAGUCUGAAGAGGACGUAAUUCAGACCCCUAAUAAAGAUAUUGAAACAGACAUACAGGAACAAAAAGAAGACGUAACUGAUGAAUUGGAAGACAAAGAGCCACCAACGGGUGCAGCUGAACUCGACCAUGUUGGGGAGUUAAUAUGUCCACAAGCACCUAUACUUCAUUCAGAGGAAGAUGUUGUUCAGUCCCUUAAUAAAGCUGAACCUGAGCUGGUAAACAUCCCCUCUAUAGUAGAUGAAGAGCAAGAUGACAAUGAGCCACAAGCAAAAAAGGUUACACAAGUUUCUGAGGUUGAAGAAGCCACACUGGAGUCAGUCGGAAUCACUGUUGAGGUUCAGGAAAAAGACUUAACACCUAAUGAUGCUGCACUCAAGACAGAAACAGCUGAAGAGAAAACAAAAGAAGAACCUGAAUGUGCAACUCAAAGUAUCACUCAAGUGGAAGAUGCUCCUGAAACUGAGCACGCUCAGGAACCAGAAGCUGCUUUAACUCCUUCAUUGGGCCCCGAAGCAACUAGCCGUGACGCACGUGACGUGGAAGUGAUGUCAUGUGACACUCCAGCAGUGGAAACAGUCACAGAUGAACCAGUUAUUACAGAGUCAAAUGAACCUCUCCUUGUUGAACAAGAAGCUUCACCUCCUAACGCACAAGAUAUGACCUCAGAUGUAGAGACAUGUCAGCCAACAACGGCACCAAGGAAUGAAGAAAGUAAGACUCAAGAGCUUCAAGAUGUUCCAGAAGACACCGACAUUGUCACAGAAGAACCAGACAGGAAAGCUGUAAGCCAGGAAACGGAUACUAAACCAUGUGAUGCUGAGGUUGAGCAUGAAGAAAAUGCUCCUGAAGACGUAGAGGGAAUGAAAGCAUUGACAGCAGUUCAUAUAUCCUCAGUUAACGAGGGUCCAAGGAGUGCCGAGGUCCUGGAAAAAACAACAUGUCUUGAGGAGACCCAGCCAGAUUGUGUAGACAUGGCAGAAGUUCCAGAAUCCAAAAACGAAGUGAGCCUCUGCGAGCAGCAAGAGAGGGUAGUUGGGGAAAAUGCAGGCCUACUUUCAGAUGCUGAGAUAAAGGUGGCCACGACCGAUCAAGACGUCAUAUCACACGAGGUUCUGAGUAAUAUUAAAGACGUUUCGACUGAGAAACCUAAUGUUGUGGUUCAUGCAGCUUUGAUGGGUGUGAUGGCCAGUGAGACAGAGUUCAUUGAUACAGUAGAGACUGCGACACCAUUAGUGCCAGACUACGUAAACCAGGAGGCAGAGUCUAGCAUUGCCAUGGUGACAAUGCGCAUGCCGUCCGUGGAGAUUGAGGUAAAUCACAAAUUCCAGGUGCUCCUGAUGGAUGUCAAUGUCAGAUCAGCCGAGAACGCAGUUGACACAGUGAUCCAGGUAGGCGUUACAGAAGAUAAGGAAGUCAUCGACGUGUGCCAUGAAAGCAUUCAGAAAGUAGAAAACCUCUCAGCCACGGCGGAAAUUGAAGAAGGAACUACCAGUGAAGCAAUCCAGGUGACAGUUCAAGACGUUAUGGAGCACUGGACGAGUGACUUACCGGGAACACCAUCCAAGAUGGACGCUGAAGAUGUAGAAGAAGUCAUUAAACAGUCAGAAACUAUGACAGAAGUAUGUGAGACGGAUGGAAAGGAAUCCAUUGAGACAGAAGAUAAGAAGGGGAUCAGUGACGGUACUGAAACUGUCAUCAGAAGACAAGAUGAGGAGACUGUAGUCAUUACAGAGAACUCUGGAAUCGCAGCUGAGCAAGAAGGCCUUGAAGAAUCCAAGGUACUUACCAUUGUUCCACAAACCUCAGACACCUCCUCCAUCAAGGAUCAAAAUGAGGAUUUGGAGGAAGUGAAAGCCGCGGAGCCAGAAGUGUUCACCACAGCAAGAGAUGUAGAAGAAGAGGAGUUAGCUGGAAAAGACCCCAAUGAAAGCACCAGGGAACCUCCUCCAAGUCCUCAAAGACAGAUCGCCACACCUGGCAAUGCUGCGUUAGCAGUCCCCCAGAGCGCCGGAGUGAUCUCAUCAUCAACAGGGAACCUUGAGUCCCCUUCUAGCCUCUCCUUAGAGUUCAAGCUGAAUAUACAGUUUGCUCAAGCGAAGACCCCCACAUGGCCAUCGGCUGCACCUACAGAGAGAACCGAACCCAUGAAACCGGUGGAGAUGUCCGAGGCUGGAGUUCAGGCAGAGGCGCCAGUAGAGCCAGUAUGCCAAGGAGAUGAAUGCAAAAAACAGACAGAGCUAAACGAGGUCGCAGUGCAGGCAUCAAGUAACACAGAACCAGAUGCCGGCUCACAUUUAAUCCAAAGGGCCUUGAUUGCAAGUCAGCCAGUGCUACAGGAUGUGGGUAUCCAAGCAGUGGAGACAACUGAACCGGUGGAACAAAUCCAAUCUACAGAAAGAGCCGACCCAAAAGUCCAGGCAGCGGAGGUUUCCCAACCGUCAAGACAAGAGAAGAGAGCCGUGCUCCUGAGUAAGCCUCUGCUCUCCGAGGUGAGGAAGGUUUGGGCUUUCAGACAAUCGGAGGAUGAAAACGAUCAAGACGUGUGGCUGGAUGCAGAGGAGGACAUUUAUCCGCAGCAGGAAACACGGACAUCCAGAGACAAGGCGGAGGAACACGCUGAGCUGCAGAGUGAAAGUGAGCAAAAGGAGGAAGCGGAGCCUGAGCUGGAGUUUGAGAUGGCAUGCAGCCUGGAGACCGCGGACACAGAAAGCCAACGAGACGCGCUGACGAGAGAGACGUGUGAAAUAGAAAGUGAAGGGGAGGAUUUCACUGUUGCACUCGAGGACCUGGGAACCAGUGUCUCUGCAGUGGAAUGAAGCCAGCUUAACCCAACGCUAGGGUUAAUGACAGGUUGGACAAUCAUAACAAGGAGUGAACGUUUCUAAAAGCCACUGCAGCAUUUUCUGACAUGAAGUUAAUCCAGUAAUAUUCCCAUAUUUAGUGGUGACAACAUCCAUGAUUUUUAAGACAGUGUUAAUUGUGAUGGUGUGAUUCGAAGGAUUUGGAUAGGGAGACUUGAUCAUUUCCCAGGGGGGACGCAGUGUGAUCCCAUCAACCUCUUACCAAAACAUGGUUGUUCUGCAGAGAGCGAUUUAGACUACUAAUCAUGUCCGAUGUUCCCCCUUUGAUUUACACCUUAUAUGAUUUUGUUUGUCUUUGAAAAAAAAACAUUAAUUUUAACUGAGCAUCUUUUUAUACACUAAUGUAUGUAGGUAUUUCACUGCUUUUCCUAUUUAUGAGCUCACACAUUUUGUCAUUCAGUCUGUUUGGUUAUUUCACCUACUGAGCCUUGCGAAAGGACCCAUACUCAUUGAGCUUUUUAAGGUUUUGUCAAGUUACAACCACAAACUCAAAUGUAUUUGGUAGGGAAAAUUAUGUGUAGUUUUCACAUGAUUUUUCAACAAUCUGAAAAAUAUGGAGAUUUUUUGUAUUCACCCCCCUCAACAUCAGUACUUUGCAGAACUAGCUUUUCUUGCUAUUGCAGCUGCAAGUCUUUUGGGCUAAGUCUCUCCCAGCAUUGACCAUUCUUAUUUACAUAAUAGCUCAAACUCUGGAAGUCUUUUGAAGAAAAAUAACGCCACACCAUAAUGUGACGCUGCCGCUACAUUUCACUGUACGCAGCCUUGUUUAAAGUGACAAGAUGGGUUACGUUUCAAUCAAAUCCCAUCCAGUGUUUGGUAUGUGGGCCAGGAAUUUCAAAUUUGGUAUCCCCUACCAGAACACCUUCUUCCACAUACUUGCCGUGGCUCCUGCACGCCUUCCUUUUUAAGAGUCACUUGCCAGCCCUCCAUAAAAUCAUCAUUAUCUGGGUAAGUGUGCAAAAAAGGUGCCAUGCCCUUUUCAUUUCAGAUGAUGGCUUAAACAGAGUUCAUUGAAAUGUCCAAAAUUUGGUAUAUUGCUCUUAAAUCGUAACUCUACUUAAAACACAUUUUGCACUGGAUAUAAUUUAGAUCCAGUUGAGUAAAGGGGUUGAAUACUAAAGCGCACCACACUUUUGAGAUGUAUUUGUAAACUACGUUCCAAACCAUGUUUGAAGUUUCUUCUACUUCAUAAUCAUGGACUAUUUUACUUUUUCUACUAUAUAACAUCAUAAUAAAAUACAAUAAAGUUUGUGACUGUAAUGUGACAAGUACAAAAAGUUCAUUUUGGUUUUGAGAAACACAAUACCGACCUAAACACAGGUCAGGUGUUAUUUUUAUCUUGUACAUAUAUUCUAAGUUUUAAAACUUGAGCUAUACAAAGUAUAUUUGCAAUCAAAGAAAUACUACUCUGUCAAUGUUAAAACUAAGGGGGUAGGAGAGCAUGCCAUGGCACUGUAGAGACGUUUGCUAUUGAAUGUGCCCAAAUACUGACCUUUGAGUUCUAGGAUUGUAACCUGAUGCAGAGCCUUAAACGUGACAUACCUUAUUUCUUCUUCCGUCUUCAUACCCUAGUCUGUGAAUCAAUGAUAAAUAGGAUAUUCUUGAUACAAUCAGCUCUGUAUUCAAGCUGAAGGAAAAGAUGUGCUGUUGAAUUACUCUUUGUCUUCUUUUCAUUCCAUGCAGUCCUAAUUUAAAGAAAUUCCUCACAUGACAAGAUGUAAAACACAACCUCGAGAGGCCUUUAUUCGUGUAUUGCCAGGAUUUUAUUAUCAAAACAUUGGUUUAUUUGAAUAAAAUAAUACCUGCACAUA